GCCCCGCCUGCCUAGCUCGGCGCUGGAGAGGCGGCCCGACGCGAUCUGGAGUCGGAGCCUACUGGGAGCGGAUCUGCAGCCUCGGAACAAAGGCGGCGGCAGCAACCCAGGUGCCCAUUUCUGUGGGGGAUUCUGACACCUGAGCCGUUAGUCAUAUUUGCAUCAUGGGCUUCCACCUGGCUGUGGCGUGGGCCCUCCUAGUUGGGCCAUGGGCCCCUGUGGGAGCCCCGGGCCCCAUCUCAUGGGAGGUGCAGCGGUAUGAUGGGUGGUACAACAACCUCAGGGAGCACAGCUGGGGCAGCAAAGGCUCCCGUCUGCGGCGCCUAGUCCCAGCCAGCUAUGCCGAUGGUGUCUACCAGCCCCUGGGAGAACCCCACCUGCCCAAUGCCCGGAAACUCAGCAACACCGCCCUGCGGGGCGUGGCAGGCCAGGCCUCCCUGCGGAACCGCACGGUGCUGGGCGUCUUCUUUGGCUACCAUGUACUCUCGGACGUGGUGAGCAUCGACACCCCCGGCUGCCCCGCCGAGUUCCUCAACAUCCGCAUCCCACCUGGAGACCCCGUGUUCGACCCCGACGGGCGCGGCGACGUCGUGCUGCCCUUCCAGAGGAGCCGCUGGGACCCCGAGACCGGACAGAGCCCCAGCAACCCCCGGGACCUGACCAACCAGGUGACUGGCUGGCUGGACGGCAGCGCCAUCUACGGGUCCGCGCACUCACGGAGCGACGCGCUGCGCAGCUUCUCCGGGGGGCGCCUGGCGUCGGGGCGCGACCCCGCCUUCCCGCGCGGCUCCCAAGACGCCCAGUUCGUGUGGACGGCGCCGGACCCCGCCACGGGCCAGGGCGGGCCCCGGGGGCUGUACGCCUUCGGGGCCGAGCGCGGCAACCGCGACCCCUUGGUGCAGGCGCUGGGGCUGCUGUGGUUCCGCUUCCACAACUGGUGGGCAGACAGGCUGGCCCGGGAGCACCCGCGCUGGGGCGACGAGGAGCUGUUCCAGCACGCGCGCAAGAGGGUCGUGGCCACCUACCAGAGCAUCGCUAUGUACGAGUGGCUGCCCAGCUUCCUGGGGAAGACACCCCCAGAGUAUGAAGGGUACCGCCCGUUUCUGGACCCCAGUGUCUCCCCAGAGUUCGUGGUGGCCUCAGAGCAGUUCUUCUCCACCAUGGUGCCCCCUGGAGUGUACAUGAGGAACAGCAGCUGCCACUUCCGAGAGGUUGUCAAUCGGAAUUCAAGUUUCUCCAGAGCUCUGCGUAUGUGCAACAGUUACUGGAGCCGAGAGAACCCGAAUCUCCAGAGCGCUGAGGACUUCGAUGAGCUGCUGCUGGGCAUGGCCUCCCAGCUGGCUGAGAAAGAGGACCACGUGGUGGUAGAAGACAUGAGAGAUUUCUGGCCUGGGUCGCUGAAGUUUUCCCGCAUGGACCAUCUGGCUGGCUGUCUGCAGCGAGGCCGGGAUCUGGGGCUGCCCUCUUACACCAGGGCCAGGGCUGCUCUGGGGCUGCCCCCCAUCACCCACUGGGAGGACAUCAACCCCACCCUGUCUCGGAGCCACGGCACAGUGCUGGAGGCCACAGCGGCCCUGUACCACCAGGACCUCUCUCGCCUGGAGCUGCUCCCAGGGGGGCUCCUGGAGAGCCACGGGGACCCGGGACCCCUGUUCAGUGCCAUCGUCCUCGAUCAGUUUGUGCGGCUUCGGGAUGGCGACCGCUACUGGUUUGAGAACACCAGGAAUGGGCUGUUCUCGGAGGAAGAGAUCGCAGAGAUCAGGAACACGUCCUUCAGGGAGGUCCUGGUGGCUGUCACCGGUGUGGACAUCAGUGGCCUGCAGCCCAAUGUGUUCUUCUGGGUUGCAGGGGACCCCUGUCCACAGCCAGGCCAGCUGAGCACUGAGGGCCUGCCAGCCUGCGUGCCUCUUGUCAUCCGGGACUAUUUCAAGGACAGUGGCUUUGGCUUUGGGCUCAUCAUUGGGAUCCUGUGCUGCUUCCCCCUAGUGAGCCUGCUCAGUGCCUGGAUUGUGGCCCGACUCCGGAUGAGGAAUUUCAAGAGGCUCCAGAGCCAGAACCGCCAAAGUAUCAUGUCAGAGAAGCUGGUGGAGGGCGUGGAAGCUCUGGAGUGGCAGGGCCACAAGGAGCCCAACCGGCCGGUGCGGGUGCACCUGCAGCCUGGCCAGGUCCGAGUGGUGGAUGGCAGGCUCACCACACUCCGCACUGUGCAGCUGCGGCCCCCACAACAGAUCCACCUCGUCCUGUCCAGCAACCGUGGCCGUCGUACUUUGCUGCUCAAGGUCCCCAAGGAGUACGACCUGGUGCUGCUGUUCACCACGGAGGAGGAGCGGCAGGCACUGGUGGGAAACCUGCGGGCUGCCCUGAAGGAGAGCGGGCUGACCUUCCAGGAGUGGGAGCUCCGGGAACAGGAGCUGCUGAGGGCUGCAGUGACACGGGAGCAGAGGAGCCAGCUCCUGGGGACCUUCUUCAGGCAUCUCUUCUCCCAGGUGCUGGACAUCAACCAGGCGGAUGCGGGGACCCUGCCCCUGGACUCCUCCCAGAAGGUGCGGGAGGCCCUGACGUGCGAGCUGAGCAGGGCUGAGUUUGCAGAGUCCCUGGGCCUGAAACCGCAGGACAUGUUUGUGGAGUCCAUGUUCUCACUGGCUGACAAGGACGGCAAUGGCUACCUGUCCUUCCGGGAGUUCCUGGACAUCCUGGUGGUUUUCAUGAAAGGAACCCCUGAGGAGAAGUCUCGCCUCAUGUUCCGUAUGUACGACUUUGACGGGAACGGCCUCAUCUCCAAGGACGAGUUCAUCAGGAUGUUGAGGUCCUUCAUCGAGAUCUCCAACAACUGCCUGUCCAAGGCCCAGCUGGCCGAGGUGGUGGAGUCCAUGUUCCGUGAGGCGGGCUUCCAGGACAAGGAGGAGCUGACCUGGGAGGAUUUCCACUUCCUGCUGCGGGACCACGACAGCGAGCUGCGCUUCACACAGCUCUGUGUCAGAGGGGUUGAAGUGCCGGAAGUCAUCAAGGACCUCUGCCGGAGAGCCUCCUACAUCAGCCAGGACAAGAUCUGCCCCUCUCCCAGAGUGAGUGCCCGCUGUUCCCCCAACAUCAUGGAGCCGGAGCUGACCCCGCAGAGGCUGCAGUGCCCCUCAGACACGGAUCCUCCCCAGGAGAUUCGAAGGCGGUUCGGCAAGAAGGUCACGUCCUUCCAGCCGCUGCUGUUUACCGAGGCACACCGUGAGAAGUUCCAGCGCAGUCGCCGCCACCAGACGGUGCAGCAGUUCAAGCGCUUCGUGGAGAACUACCGUCGCCACAUCGGCUGCGUGGCCGUAUUCUACGCCAUCGCCGCCGCGCUGUUCCUGGAGCGCGCCCACCACUACGCCUUUGCCGCCCACCACAAAGGCAUCACGGACACCACCCGCGUGGGCAUCAUCCUGUCACGGGGCACCGCGGCCAGCAUCUCCUUCAUGUUCUCCUACAUCCUGCUCACCAUGUGCCGCAAUCUCAUCACCUUCCUGCGGGAGACCUUCCUCAACCACUACAUCCCCUUUGACGCCGCUGUGGACUUCCACCGGCUCAUCGCGGGCACAGCCAUGGUGCUCACAGUCUUACACAGUGCCGGCCAUGUGGUGAAUGUGUACCUAUUCUCCAUCAGCCCGCUCAGCGUGCUGUCCUGCCUCUUCCCUGGCCUCUUCCAGGACAACGGGUCAGAGCUUCCCCAGAAGUAUUACUGGUGGUUUUUCCAGACAGUACCAGGCUUCACUGGGGUCGUGCUGCUCCUGGUCCUGGCCAUCAUGUAUGCCUUCGCCUCUCGACACUUCCGCCGCCACAGCUUCCGGGGCUUCUGGCUGACACACCACCUCUACGUUGUGCUCUAUGUCCUGCUCAUCAUCCACGGCAGCUUUGCUCUGAUCCAGCUGCCGCGCUUCCACCUUUUCUUCCUGGUCCCUGCACUCAUCUAUGUGGGGGACAAGCUGGUGAGCCUGAGCCGGAAGAAGGUGGAGAUCGGCGUGGUGAAGGCCGAGCUGCUGCCUUCAGGAGUGACCCACCUGCGCUUCCAGCGGCCCCAGGGCUUCGAGUACAAGUCAGGGCAGUGGGUGCGGAUCGCCUGCCUGGCUCUGGGGACCAAUGAGUACCACCCCUUCACACUGACCUCUGCACCCCAUGAGGACACACUCAGCCUGCACAUCCGGGCAGCAGGGCCCUGGACCACCCGUCUCCGGGAGAUCUACUCACCCCCGACUGGUGACAGCACUGCCAAGUACCCAAAGCUCUACCUCGACGGUCCCUUUGGAGAGGGGCACCAGGAAUGGCAUAAGUUUGAGGUGUCGGUGCUGGUGGGAGGAGGCAUUGGGGUCACCCCCUUUGCUUCCAUCCUCAAAGACCUGGUCUUCAAGUCAUCCGUUAGCUGCCAAGUAUUCUGUAAGAAAAUCUACUUCAUCUGGGUGACGCGAACCCAGCGGCAGUUCGAGUGGCUGGCUGACAUCAUCCGCGAAGUGGAAGAGAACGACCGCCAGGACCUGGUCUCCGUGCACAUCUACAUCACCCAGCUGGCCGAGAAGUUCGACCUAAGGACCACCAUGCUGUACAUCUGUGAGCGGCACUUCCAGAAGGUGCUGAACCGGAGUCUGUUCACGGGCCUGCGCUCUGUCACCCACUUUGGCCGGCCGCCGUUCGAGGCUUUCUUCAACUCCCUGCAGGAGGUGCACCCCCAGGUCCGGAAGAUCGGGGUGUUCAGCUGCGGACCCCCGGGCAUGACCAAGAAUGUGGAGAAGGCCUGUCAGCUCAUCAACCGGCAGGACCGCACCCACUUCUCCCACCAUUAUGAGAACUUCUAGGACCCUCCCCAGGGGCUCAGCCUGGUGCCCACAGCCACCCCGUACAGCCUGUCUCUGCCUUUCACCGCCCAGCGCCCAGCGCUCAGCGCGGCCCAGGCGGCUAUGCUCAGUGGUCCUGUGUGGCUCUGGGGGCCCCCGGAUGUGCCCCAGCCUGCAGAAAUGGAGGAAAUGUCCAAGAACCCAGGACAAGCAAGCUGCAGAUUUGGGACACAGUGAAGCCUUUUCUCCCUGGGUACGAACAAAAACAAAAGGCAACAAGUGUGUGCAUGCCAGUGUGCACACAUGCCUGUGUGUAGGUGACUGAGGCUGCAGACCAAGUGAGGCCGCAGACCAAGUGAGGCCGCAGGUGCUGGCAUCUUGCAGCCCCCAUUUGGAAAGGUCCCCACUUUCAGAAGGGCUGGCAGUUUACAGGAAGCCCUCUGAGGCCUAAGCCAACGUGCCCCUUCCUCCUGGGACAACCCUGCGCUCCGAGGUCAGACCUCCGCCCACACCUAGCUGUGCAGCGCCCAGCACCCUCUGCUCUGGCUCCUUAAUAAAUAAAUCAGCUUGC